AUGAACUCCAUUUCGAGAGCAAGAGUUAUUGGAGCUCUUAGUGGACCUUUUCCAAGCGAUUUCCAUCACUUCCAUGUGGAGAAUCGCCUAUGGACAUACAAGCCAGGGCUCGAUCGAGUUGAAGCUUGGCCGGUCGAGUUGAGGAACUCGACCGGUCGAGCUGGUCUUCAAGAUGGCUUCCUCCUUCUUCCUUUGCGUCCAGUUGAGCUGCGUCCAUGCACCAAGUCCUUCCAUGCUCCUCACGUCCCAUAUGCUCCAAAUGCUCCAAAAGACCUAUUUCAAAGGACCAAACAUGCAUAUUGCCCCCAAAGAACUGGGAGGCAAGGUCGUGGUCUGGAGAGGGCAGACGGCCAUCAGGAGCACUCCAUCGACCACUUCGUGCUCAGCUCGAUCGAGCUUGCGGCUCCUCUUCUUCUUCCUCGAAGUGUGUGGCUCCUUGGCCUUGGUGGAGCUUGGCUAGCUCGAACUGUCCGUAUGGGUUCCAUCGGCUCUGGGGAUAGUCCUGGUAAGGUGCUGGAUCGUACUCGAAUCCAGGGUUCUCGAAUGGCUCCUCCAGGUCAACUCGACCAUCAGCUCGAUCGAGUUGAGUUUCCUCUGUUUGGACUCGAUCGAGUCCUGGUCGAGUUGGAGCGUCGGCCUUGGAACUCUUCCUCCUUCUCUGCGUGUUGUCUCCUUCUUCCCUUGGUUCAAAUGAGAGGCUCUGUGAGGCUCUUGGGCAGGGAGCCUCCUUGGAGUGGUGAGGAGUGA